UGCCGGUGGUGGUAGUGCAGAAUGCCCGGCGUGCCGGUGGUGUCAGUGGUGGUGCCCACAGUACUCACUCCUGCAAACAUCGCCUCUUCGGGUUUAGCGAAUUUCGUGAAUAAUAAUAAUAAGAACAACGCACCCUUUCUCUCCAGGUGUAAAUCUGAUAGUUGUUUACAGCAGCAGACUCCUACUUGGUAUUUGUUUACAACUCCAAGUGUAAAUCUAACUCGAGGCAAAAUACACAAGAGUGUCAGAGUUUUAUUUUGUAUUGUCUAGCGGUCCUUGUUGUUUGGUCGUGUGUUUUAAUGAGUCAAGACGCGCACACGGGCGUGCACAUGGAGACAAACUCGGCCAACAGACGGGCUAGAUACUGCCAUAGUGUGGCCACUUGUAGCCAGAGUGUUGACAUGUGUUGUCAUAGUGUCGACAGAAUGGCAACAGGGGCCGGUCGGAGCCAGCUCAAGGCUAAACUUCGACAGCUUUCAGAGAGUUAUGACCACCGUCUCUCCUCCGACAAGUUCCUCUUCUCCGCCUUUCCGCCUGUCUUCUCCCCGAUCAGUCCGUCACCGACCAGCCAGUCACCGACCAACCAGUCGCCGACCGACCAGUCACCGACCGGUUCAUCGCCGGCCAGUUCAAGUCAUAACAUGUUGCCGAUAAACACAACCCCGACCCAGUUAUCCUCGACCAGCCCCUCGCCGACCAGUUUAUGGUCGGUGAGUUUACGUCUUUCCACUCCGUCACCGACCAGGUCAUCACCGACGUAUGUGAAACCGACCAAGCCUCCACUUACUAGGACAUCGGCGAUCAGAAUGUCACCGACCAGCGAGUCACCGACUUAUCUGUCACCAAAUAGUCACUCGCCGAUCUGUUACUCGCCGACCAGUCUGCCGCCGACCAAGCAAUCGUCGGUCGACCAGUCGCCAGCCACCGAGUCGCCAGCCACCGAGUCACCACCCACCGAGUCACCAGCCACCGAGUCACCACCCACCGAGUCACCACCCACCGAGUCACCACCCACCGAGUCACCACCCACCGAGUCACCAGCCAGCCAAUCACCAGUCAACAGGUCACCGACCAGCCAAUCGCAAAUUACUCAGCUGCCGGCUAAUCAUUUAUCGAUCACGCUGGCGAAGUCGGCUUGUGGAAGGGAGACAUCGACCUGCUCUUCCCCGACGAUCCUUCGACUGAAUGCCCCAGGUAUCUACUUGACAUAUCAAAUAGGAUAUAUUAUCUCUGUAUUUCUCAAUAAGUGGGCAGUUAGGCAUAUUGUAUUGAAGAUAGUGAUCAUAGGUCUGGCCACAUACUUUGCAUAUAGUUUGAUCAUCUCUGUGUCUGCCGAACUGCCAGAGGAUGGCCUCAUCACUCAGGCUGUUGGUGCUGGUCGCUCGCAGUCCAACGUAGGUACCACAGCCCGUCUUAUAAGGAUGCCAUCACUCAGCUGUUGUGCUGGUCGUCGCAUCCACGUAGGCACCGCCGUCAAUCAGACUGACUUGUGUUACGAGGAACGACCGCACCACAACUCCCGGUUCAGAUCAACUUUGAUAGUAUCUGUAGUGCCGCUUCACAAUCCGACUUGUGCAGUUUUAAAAAUAGAUUAG